GCGAUGUUGGUGGUCGGUUGGCAUCGGUACAACAACCACACAUGCCGUCAAGCUACCCCCCUGAAUCAACUCACUCGCAUGCGUUUGCCGUUGCAAAGACUUCAACUGCCAACCAACUUUCACUCUUUCUUUCUCAGUGCACAAACAAUAUUGCACAGCCGGAAUUUGGAUGCCAGUCUACCCAACAGAACAGUUGUCAAGUGGAAACGCCAACUCAGAACAUGCAGGUUUUCACCAAGAAAUUGAAGCUGUUUCGAAAUCGCAAAGAACCUAAAAGGAGUACAAAGACCAGAAAGACCGAUCCGCUGCGAGGUGAAACCUCAUUCGAAUGCCAUAUCUCUCAUCAUCCCAUUAGCGUCUGUACUUAUUUCACCACAAGUUCCACGAGUUCCUUACCCGAGAUACUUGGUUGCCUUAGCAUCGGGAGGCCGACACAAGAUUUACCUGCCAGUUUCCAUGAUAGGUACAUUUAUUAUGUAAUGAUGCCGAAAACUAGAACAACGGGACUACCAAAUCGUUUGACUCGAUACGUACCUUCAACGACACUCCUAUGUAGGGCCUACAAACAGUUCUUGGCAUACUCUUCUUCUGCCCUUUGUUCCAUCUUCCACUUGUCCAUGUGUAUCUUAUUCAUCCUUCGAGGUCUGAUCUCGGGAUUUCUUGUUCCGACGAAACCAACGCCGAGACUGUAAUGCCCAUGCCGCUAAGGAGAAAAC